AUGGGAUCGUUAGGUAGCUCUGAUUUUACAACUAAAAAUGGUAUUCAGGUGGAUGCAGGGGGUAUAGCUGCUGCUCACUUGGAAGUAAACGUCGGCGGCUAUCACACAGAACAAGUAAUACCUAUAGUAAAGCACCAGCUCGUGAAAGUAGGAAGAAAUAAUAAGGAAUGCCAGCUAGUUCUAACCAAUCCCUCAAUAUCCUCCAUUCAUUGUGUGUUUUGGUGCGUAUUUUUUGAUGAGGAUAGCAUUCCGAUGUUUUACGUUAAAGAUUGUUCUUUGAAUGGGACAUAUUUGAACGGUUUACUUCUGAAAAGGGAUAAAACGUACCUUUUAAAAGAUUCUGAUACUGUCGAAUUAUCUCAAGGAAAUGAAGAAAACGACAGUAAAAAAAUACAGCUGGUUUUUAUGAUUAAUGAUGAUUUACAGUCCUCUCUGGACCCAAAACUUUUGGAUCAAAUGGGUUUCUUGAGAGAAGUAGAUCAGUGGGAAAUAACAAAUAGGAUAGUCGGAAAUGGCACGUUUGGCCAUGUCUUGAUCACGCAUAAUUCAAAGGAAAGAAAAGAUGAUGUUUGCUAUCACCCUGAAAAUUAUGCUGUCAAGAUUAUAAAACUCAAACCAAACAAAUUUGAUAAAGAGGCUCGAAUCCUCUUAAGACUGGAUCAUCCGAAUAUUAUCAAAGUCUACCACACUUUUUGUGACAAGAACAAUCACCUUUAUAUAUUCCAGGAUUUAAUUCCUGGCGGCGAUCUCUUCUCUCACCUGGCUAAAGGAGAUUGUUUAACUUCCAUGUCUGAAACGGAAUCUUUACUGGUUGUCUUUCAGAUAUUGCAAGCGUUAAACUAUCUUCACGAUCAAGGUAUUGUCCAUCGUGACCUGAAACUCGAUAAUAUUUUAUUAUGCACGCCGGAGCCAUGUACUAGAAUCGUCUUGGCAGAUUUUGGCAUAGCUAAAGAUUUGAGUUCUAACAAAGAAAGGAUGCAUACAGUCGUGGGAACACCAGAAUAUUGUGCUCCAGAAGUUGGGUUUAGAGCAAAUAGAAAAGCUUAUCAAAGCUUCUCAAGAGCAGCUACUCUAGAGCAACGAGGUUACGAUAGCAAGUGCGACCUAUGGUCCCUGGGCGUUAUUACACACAUUAUGUUAACGGGAAUCUCUCCAUUUUACGGUGAUGGUUCUGAGAGAUGUAUUAUUCAGAAUGCAAAAGUUGGGAAACUUAAUUUCAAAAUAAAGCAGUGGGACAUAGUUUCCGACAGUGCUAAGAGUUUUGUCAAAGAACUUUUGCAAACAGAUGUAGCUAAACGAUUAAAUAGUAAGCAAAGUCUUGAACAUGUCUGGAUCGCAAAACAUUUGAGUCAACUGGAAAGGCUAUAUUACAAAAAAAUACUAUGCAAUAACGAAGGUCCUAAAUUAGAAAGUAUAACUUCAGAUUGGAAAAGAAAAUUACCUAAAAGCGUUGUUAUUUCUCAGGCAAUACCCAAAAAGAAGAAAGUUUUAGAGUAA